GAGUGCGUGGCAAACUGGACAAACUGAAGCGGUCAACAAAACUACGGCUGACCAGCUCUCCUCUCUCUGGCAAACCAGCGCCAGAGCCCCCCAUCACCAUGGCAACCAAAAAAAAACAAUCCAUAAAACCAUUGAUCACUAUCCAUGACGACUUAUAUGGCUCCUACACAGAUAGAAUAAUGAUUAAACAUCUCGUUCUGGCAAACAACCAGCUGUUUGCACGCUACUUUUGUUCUGAAGUGUUAACACUCUCCUUCCGCUUCCGGUCUGCCAGCCGUCACUAUCUCGAAUAAGAAACAAAAAAAACGAAACAAGGAAUUUGCAAAAACCAAAUUUCGGCCGUUAUUUGAUUUGGAUCUUUUCGUUUUUUCGUUUUAUUGGGCCGAAAGCAAAAACCGUUUUUCCGUUUUUGGUUUAAAACGAAAAAAAGAAAAGGGGGCGCUGUUUCUGUUAUUUCGUUUUUUGGUUUUGUCAGAAAUUGCAAAAAAACGAUGAGGAAUAGUGGAUGGAGAGAAAAAGUCUACCCGGUUAACCUUUGAGCUUUCUUCCUCUGUCCCCACGAGAAGUCACAAGACAAACUCGUAUAAUUUCACGGAUAACAGUUCUAACGGUUGAAUACUGCUAUGAUCUGGAAGUGCUAUCCUUUUAAAUAGAGGGAGGAUAGAUGAGCGGCAUGUAACUGGUGUUUUAGAGCAUAUUUAGCUGCUUCUGUAAAAAUCAGUCCACGUUCAGGACAAAACAAGAGACACAUCAUGUCUGUCUACUUCAACCCAGGGUCAGACUCGGGAGUAAAUGGAAACAUUGCGAAGAUGGAAGAUGCAAAAGUGAAGAUUGAUGAUGGAAAGGAAGGGACUAUGGUUGCAGACACGAUGUACCACAAUAUUCGGAAAAAGAUAACCCCGUAUGUCAUGUCCUUUGGGUUUCGCAUAUUUGGAGUGGUACUGAUCAUCGUGGACUUUGUCCUUGUCAUUGUGGACCUUUCACUGCCAGCGAGGAGCAGAGAUGUUGGAAAUGCUUUAGAAGCCAUAUCUCUCACCAUCUCCUUCUUCUUCCUUGCUGAUGUUCUCUUGCGGGUCUAUGUGGAAGGAUUCAAAGUUUACUUCAGCUCAAAGUUGAACAUUGUAGAUGCCUGUGUGGUUGUAAUCACGCUGGUGGUCACCAUGAUCUACACCUUCAGUGACCUGUCAGGAGCCAGCCUCAUCCCCAGGGUUGUGACAUUCCUGCGCUUCUUGAGAAUAAUUAUCCUGGUGAGGGUUUUCAGACUGGCAUCUCAAAAGAAAGAGCUGGAGAAAGUCACCAGGAGGAUGAUUUCCGAGAACAAGAGACGUUAUCAGAAGGACGGAUUUGACCUUGACCUUACGUAUGUCACAGAUCGUGUCAUUGCCAUGUCUUUCCCUUCCUCUGGUAAGCAGGCCUUCUAUAGGAAUCCGAUCAAGGAGGUUGCAAGGUUUCUGGACACUAAACAUGAAGACCAUUACAAAGUUUACAACCUGUGCAGUGAGAAAGGCUACGACCCCCAGUUUUUCCAUUACAGUGUUGAACGGGUAUUCAUUGAUGACCACAAUGUCCCCAUAUUGGAAGACAUGCUGAAAUACACAGCAAGCGUAAGGGACUGGAUGUCUGCUGAUCCCAAAAACAUCAUUGCUAUUCACUGUAAAGGAGGAAAAGGACGCACAGGUACUAUGAUUUGCACCUGGCUUAUAGACAGUGACCAGUUCGAGAGUGCACAGGAUAGCCUGGAGUAUUUCGGUGAGAGGAGGACAGACAAGAGUCAGAGCUCCAAGUUUCAGGGGGUGGAGACUCCUUCCCAAAGCCGGUAUGUUGGGUACUAUGAGAUUAUGAAGACCAAGUUUAACAGACAGCUGCCUCCACCUAAAAGCCUCAAAAUCAAGAGCAUCCGUAUCCACUCCAUAGCAGGUGUGGGUAAAGGUGACGGCAGCGACUUGAAGGUGAAGAUUAUUGUGAGGAAAGAGCUGGUUUUCCAGUGUGUGUGUGCCAAACAGGAGAACUGCACAGUAUUUCCUGAUGUGGGCAAUAAUGCAGCAGUCAUCAGCCUGCAGAAUGGGCCUGUGGUUGAAGGCGAUGUGAAGGUUAUGUUUGAAUCAAGUGCGGGUCUUCCAAAAGGAUAUGAAGAUGUUCCCUUCUACUUCUGGUUCAACACUUCCUUCAUUACAGAUAACAAGCUGUUUUUGCCCAGGGAAGAGCUGGACAACCCACACAAACCAAAAACCUGGAGCCUGUACAAGGAGGACUUUGGAGUCACUAUGACCUUCUCAGAACCUGAAUAAAAAAACAGAAUGGCUUGUAGCUGGGCCAGGUGAUGAAGAUAAAUUGAUAAACUGAACACUAAUGAAAGUGUAAUAAAAAAAAAAAACAUAUAUACUUGUGUUGAGCCUAACCAUGUCUGCAGAAAUGUUCUGAUGAGUUUUGGCACUUAAAAUAAAAUAAAAUGUAUGAAGGAUGUACAAAGAAUCACUAUUAAACAACUUGUAACCUC